UUUCUUUCUCUCCAUUAAAGCCCUACUUUGCUUCUUUCCCCUCACUCGGUUGGGCUGGCUCUGGCCUUAAUCUUUAAACCAAUUCCCAACUCGGCCACCUCCCCAUCCUAACCCCGGCCCUCUCUCCUCACGCGCGUGGCUGGCGGGUCGUCGAUUUGCCCCUCCGCCACUCGCUUUUUUUCUUUUUAUUAAUUUGUUUUUCUUUAGACCUAACCCUAAUGGAUAAGAAACACUUGCAAAGGAUGCCUUCAUCCCUAUCCUCGUCGUCAUCGUGCCCGUCUCUCCAUGAGUCGGAUGACGAGCUGAAGCACAUGCCGUUGGCACCGCCACGGUUGAAGAACAAGAAGCGUUUGUCAAAGCAACUUUCAAUGUGCGAGACGCCAAGGGACCUUGCAUGGGAGAAGCGACGACGACAGAUGCUUCGCCCGAGGAACGGCUCAACGGACAGGGAUGACUUAACUGACGAGGACUGGAAUGAGCUCAAAGGCUGUAUUGAACUAGGGUUUGCAUUCAAUGAGGAAUAUGGGCACAAGCUGUGUGGUACAUUGCCAGCCCUUGACCUUUACUUUGCCGUCAAUCGGCAGCUAUCGCCAAGUCCCGUGUCAACGCCGCAGAGCAGCGCCUCGACGUCAUCACUUGGCGGAAGGUCUUCAUCUUUUGAGAGCCCCAGGAGUGAGUUUGAUACAUGGAGGGUUUGUAGCCCAGGCGAAGACCCAAAGCAAGUGAAGGCAAAAUUAAGACACUGGGCUCAAGCCGUGGCAUGUUCAGUAAUGCAAUCACUGGGAGAAAAAUAAAAGAAAAAAAAUUGAGGAUAUAUAUAUAUAAAAUUGAGGAUAUAUAUUGUACAGAUCAGAAGAGUAAAAAGAUAAAACAAAAUUAUUUUUUUUUAAAAAAAAAAGAAAGAGGCAGAAGGGAUUUUGGUUUCAAAUCUUGAUGAAUUAGGGUUUGUUGCUAAUUUAAGCUUUAAAUUAAUUAAUUCUGCAAGGCUCUUUGUAGUUUAAACAACAAAAAAUAUCUCUCUGGUUUGAAGCUAGCUUAUUAUAUAUAUGUGAGGGCCAAAGGAAAAGCCAGAGCCAUUAAUGGGAAAACUUUGGUAUAUAAUUAAUUUAGGUCUAAAAUAUGUUUUUUUUUUCCCUUUUCUUUUCAUUACGAUCAUUAUUCAAUGUUCAUUGUAAUUCUAUAAAAAUAUAUAUAUAUACUAUAUAUAUAUACAUAUAUAUUAUAUAUGUGUGUUUCUCUAUGUUGUUACCGAUGUGAAAUGUCAACACAUCAAACUUAUAUAUAAAUUAACCAAAGUUUUAAAAUCCA